GAGAACAACGCGGUGGUUGUCAAGGAGUGGAACGGCUCGGCCUGGAAGGACUGGACCUCGAUCGGCGGCGUGGUCACGGAGUCGCCUGUCCUCGAUCCGCGGGGCGGAGAGCGGACCGCGAUCUAUGUCCGCGGCACCAACGCUGCGCUGUUCUCGUACGACUAA